AUGUCAGCAGCUCAACUCAUUCUCAGUUUUGGCGGUCUUUGCGAAAACAUGUUUUUUCCGCCGUCCACGUUGCAGUAUCUUCUCUUUCCGUGGGUUUUAAGAAUAUCAAUAGGGUAUUAUCAAAUUUUUUUGUGUAUUUUUUCUUCAUGUAUCCUUCGUACUCCUUCGUAAAGCCAAGAAACCCCAUUGUGACAAUAUAGUCAAUGUUUAUCGACUUGAAAGGGGAGGGAGGCGGGGCAAGGGGCGGGACGCGUAGCGUGUGCGUACGCGGUUCUUGGCGCCAGUUCAAUUCAAUUGCCGCCGACUAAUUAAAAAGCUCGGCAACCGCUCUUUCUCUGUAUUUUCUACUAAUUUUUGAUGCACAAACUAACAUAAUCAAUAAAUAAUUAAAAAAUAAGUGAGAAGAGCGAUAAAUGAGCUGUCUGAAUGCUCGCUGGCGGUUGAAUUGAACUCGUGCCAAUAACCGCGUACGCACACGCUACGCGUCCCGUCCCUUGUCCCGCCUCCCUCCCCUUUAAAGUCGGGUAACAUUGACUAUAUAAAGUUUUCUUGGAAUCCCUCGAUUGAACCAAUUCAAAAUUAUUUAGCAAAGAGAAAUAUUCAGGUUGUUCGCAAGUCUUGCGCUCUCUGUGAUCUCAAACUGUGGCGGCAAGUCUAAGAAAGCUCCAAAUGGCUCUUCAGCAUCGGUUUGUUUUCUUUUGGGUGUUUUGAUCAUGGAAUCGUGACGAAAACAUACCAAGUAGAUUUAAAAGGAAAUGAAAAAUUUGGAAGGUCUACGGAGCCCAUUUAAAAAAAAAAAAUAGCAAACUUGAACUGCCAAAGUAAUUACUCUUUCAGUCAUAGUACAAUGGCUCAAUUUCUACGGCUCAACCGUACUUAUAGCUCGCAUUCAAGCUUUUUCCCAAAAUGAAAAGUCAAAAAGUUUUUUAAGAAUGAAAAAACGAAUUCGAAGUCACCGGCUAAAACCCAGUCGAAAGAGCCAAAGUCUCCUGCUCUGCCGGCGCCAACAGAGUCCGCACCCCCGAAAGGCAGUUCUGUGGAGAACAAAUCCUCGGAAAAGAAGGAGCCUGUGGCCGCAGGUGGAGCUGGAGCAGCUGCUGCAGCCGCCGAGGCUGCCAAGACCGACGACAAAAAGAGCAAGAAGAGCGCCGAGACAGGUCCAGGUUGUUCGCGCAAAUCUUUACUUCGCGUUAAAUCGCAAACCGCUACUCCCUGACGUCAUCCCUAUGACAUCACCUUCAUUUGCAAAAUUCGCACACGCAGCCAUAUCAUUUUUUUCAUUUUUUACGUUCCAAUUUAUAAAAUUAGAUUCGACGUGAAAACUUUUCCGAUCACAUGAUUUUUUACGUUCCAAUUUAUAAAAUUAGAUUCGACGAAUUUUUCACUGUGGCUCAGUUUUUUCGAAGCGAGCCACAGUCGGCUUCGCGCUAUGCGCGCUCCGCCUCCGUGUGAAGCCUUAAAACUAAGCCUAUUUUCUUAAGUAAUGCAUGAAUCUGUAGGCGCAGUUUUAAUGCAAAGGCGCAAUUCAGGCUCUUCCCAUUCUUCAAUUUUUUCAAUUUCAAUUUCAAUUCAAUUCAAUUUAUUCAGUCUUCAGAGUAAGAUGAAGAAAAUCUCUGCUGAAUCAGGGUAUAAUCGAAGAGUUAGUCGUCGGCGCGGGUUACGGUCCACAAUCUUUGUCCAAUACGUCCCGGAGUGACAGCUAGCGUUGGGAAAUAAUGUGGACCUGUUGGUAGUACCAACGAAUAAACUGCUUCACCAUGUUGGAACAGUACAGCGCCCAGCUUGUCCAGGGCUGAGGGGCGUCGGAAUAUUAUCCAUGAGAGAGCGGCAAUGAGACCGACCAGACGACGUGAUGAAAUGAGAUAAUAAUAAUCUGCUGAAUCACGUUCACGUGAAAGAAAUGAAUAUAUAGCCAAAUAUUUCGAUUACGCUUACUUCUAGUGUUACGAAUGGUGUCAUGACGUCAGGGAGUAGCGGUUUGCGAUUUAACGAAAACUCGAAUCUUUCCGAUCGGACGAAAACACUGACUUGAGAAAUGAACUUCCAAGUUGAGACUUCUCUUUCGCAUCUUUUUUCGAAUUUUUCAGACAAAAAAGUUACUACAUAAAGAAUUUCGUAUCUUUUUUUCUUCAUUGCCGUGAAAGCGCCUUGAAUGAACACUUUGCAGUUGCAGUUUCUACUUUGAACCGAGCUUUGAACGCACUUUGCAAAUCGUUCAAUGGGUAAAAUGAUACUUUUUUCCAAAAAAAAAGCAGCCGAAAAAAGUAGACUUUUCAAAAGAUAUUCGAAAAUUCAGCAGACCGUAGAGACGACGAUAAGAAGAUGGAGGAUUCGUUCGAAAAACGCCAGCCGAAGAAGUUGGAGACCGCACGAAAGCAAGAGGUUUCUUUUUAAAACCUUUCUCGAAAUUUCAUCAAUUUCAUUGAAAGAUCGAGGGGAAGAAAGUUGACAACAAGGGUGACUACAAGACUUGGAACAAAGUGAUAGAAAACAGCGAGUUUAAUAAAACUCUCAGCGAAAAAUCAAAGUCGACCAAGAAAGAUAAGGAGAAGUCUAAAAAGGAAAAAUCGAAGAAGUAGGAAAAGGUGGAUGUCGUCUUGAAGAGAUUCUCGAUGAUUUUCUGAUUUUCAGAUGGACCGGCACCGAAAAGGAAAACCGCUAUGGCUGA